GUCCAUCCUCAGUUAAACUGGAGAAUAAAGAGGAUCUGUGCUUUAUAAGCAGGCAGGCAGAGAGCAAAAAAGCAAAUGAGAAACUCCAGAUCAAACUGACUAAGGAUCAAAAAUGGACGAGGAAACAGGAGCCUGUGAGGAAUCCAAAAACAGAGCGACAGCUUCUUGGAGAGCUUUAUGCUGACAAGGCCUACCUAGAAAAGCUGCUCAAGGAUGAAGAUUUGAUGCAGAGCAGCACAAAGCAGGGGAUCAAAGUAGCGGACCUGGUUUUGAGUGGCAUUUCCUACCUGGACACACGCAGUGAAUUCUGGCAGCAGCAGAAGCCUAUUUAUGCCCGUGUGAGAGAGCGCAAGCUCAAGCAGCAAAGGUGGAUCCGGGACAAGAAACGAAAACCCGCUGAGGUCGGCAGAUACAUUGUGAAGAGUAUGGAGGAAAUUGAUAUGUUGCUGACUGGCGGCUCCCCUGAAGAAAGCUGCAAGAAAGCCGAGCGUGUGCUAAAAACAAUACAAGGGUGGUCAGAUGAUGAAGUUCCCAACAAGAACGAACUGAUUGGAAACCUCCACAGCUGCAUCGGGAAUGCUCAGUUAGAGAUGGGCCGGAUGGAGGCAGCUCUGCAAAGCCAUAAAAUGGAUCUGGAAUCUGCCAGGCAGAACAACCUGCCAGAUGCCGUAUCCAGAGCCCUUGAUAACAUUGGCAAAGUUUAUGCCAGAAUCGGCAAAUUCCAGCAAGCUAUUGACACUUGGGAGGAGAAGAUUCCAAUGGCAAAAUCCAGCCUGGAGAAGACCUGGCUGUUCCAUGAAAUUGGCCGAUGUUACCUGGAGCUGAAUAAAGCUGAAGCAGCCCAAAAUUACGGACAGAAGUCCCUGCAGUCAGCAGAUGAAGAGGGAGAUGUUGAGUGGCAACUCCAUGCUACUGUACUAGUGGCACAAGCACAAGUAAGAUUAAAGGAUUACUGGUCUGCAAUCAUGAACUUUGAAAAAGCGCUUGAGAAGGCAAAGCUUAUUCACAAUGAAGCUGCUCAAAAGGCCAUCAUUACUGCCUUAGAUGAUGUGAGCAAAAGCUUCAUUGAAGAGCUGAACAAAAGAGAAGAAACGACAGUUUGCUCUCUUAAAG